UUCAUAGAUUAGGGAUCGAUUGAUAUAUAUAUAUAUAUAUAUAUAUUAUAUUUAUUGAAUGUUAUCAGAAAAUACAUAUUAAAUGCCUAAACACUUUAAGCGCUACUAUUAGCAUUUAUAGGAAAUUAAACAUCCAAUAGGAAGCAUUUAUAAGAAAUUAACAUCCUAUGUAAACUGUUUGACGUGGCUCAAAGAUGUUUUCUAUAUGUAUAGAUGGUGAAAACUAAUUGAACAGGUUGAAGAAAAAUUGGCUUUUUACUUUUCGCCCCACCUGGUUGUUUGUCUUCUUCACAAGAAGCCACUUGCUCAUUUAAGUUGACAAAUUACAAAGUAAAAAACAAUUUGCAUAUAAUAUAUUUUCUAUUUAUAUUCUUUUUAUGAAGAGCAACAACCCCAUUUGUUUUUAUAUUUUAGAUUGUUUAUUACUUUUUUUUUUUUUUCCUCCAAAUGAACUUUCUUGCUGUUUAGACGCAUGAUUCACAUAAACAUAUUAUUGUUUAAUAUAUUUUCAAGUCAUAUAUAUACAGCAGCUAGUCCUCUAUGCUAAAUUAGAGCUGUACUAAUUCUAAUAGCAGAAUCAAGCAUACGUGUUAAGCUUUCAUUCUUCCUCAUCUUGUUCCUCUCUCUCUCUCUCUCUCUCUCUCUCACACACACACACACACACACACCCAACCCCAGAACACCUCAUGGGAACAGAAGAAUGUAGCAGCAGUGAAUCUGGGUGGACGAUGUAUAUUGCUUCUCCAGUGGAAGAAGAUGAUGCAGAAUGCAGUAGUUAUGGUGAUGACAAUGAUGCCAAGAGCAAGAAGCGCGUUACCUAUCAAACUUAUGCUGCAAAUGAAGAAGAUUUUGGCAGCGAUGAUUCAAUGGCUUCUGAUGCAUCAUCUGGUCCUAGUUAUCAGCAAUAUUACCAUGGACGCUCUCACUGUAAAGAAAGUCAUGGCAAGAAGGAUAAGAAGCAGUCUACAAACAAGAACAACACAAACAAGAAAGAGAAGAAAAGUAGUGGUGAAAAGAACACCAAAAGAAAAUGAAUUAAAAUCCGGUCCUGUGUGUAACAGUUCAUUUUGACAAACAUGUUAAAAAGGAGAGCAACAAAGAAAGAUGCAAAAAUGUACAAUUAAAAUAUAAAGUGUAUGUUCUUCUUCCUCUGCAUAUUCAUAUAUUCCCUGAAGAAUGAAAACAUAUUGCUUCAAGUAAAUUUUUUUUUUUUCCCUUCUUUGGUUCUCUUCACCAAAAUGACAUUAUAUGUUGAAGCUUCAUUGUCCAUGACUUUAUUUUUGUUGUUAGGUUCUUGUUUUUCCAAAUCAUCUCACUUCUCUGAACAAUUAAAAUAACUCAUGCUUUCAGAAUAUAAGAGAAACAUCAACAAACAAAUCAACAAUAAGAAAUUUAAUUUUAGGUUUUGUUAAUAUAGACACUCUGCUAAGUUCAUAACCUUAGUAAUGAUGAAGAAGAUAAACAACAUAUGAACUUAGGUGAUUAGUGAUGUAUAUUACCCAGAGAAGUACAGUUUCCAAAAGGUCUCCGUAGAAAAAAUUAAAUUUGCAUUUUAAUUAUAAAAGAUGCAAGAAAAUAAAAUUCUUCCCCAGUAUUAUUUUUCUUAUGUUGAUGUGUUGAUAAUAAUCCAUGAAGCAACAGGUGUAUGUUGUGCUGUAAAGAAGAAAGAUGAGCAUAGAAAGACAAAUGCCAACUAUGAGGAGCAACAAAAAGACUAAAAAUUUUAAAGUUAGUGAACAGAACAUUAUUGGGGUGGCUUGUAAUUAUAUCCUGAUAUCCUGCAAUGAGGGUAUGCAAAUGCAACA